CAUUGAUCAAACUACUUUUGUAGUUAAUUAGCAUCAAGAAACUAGCUAGGUAGCAGCAAUGGUGGUGAAGGUGUAUGGUCCUGCCUAUGCUUCACCUAAGAGAGUUAUCACUUGUUUGGUGGAAAAGGAGAUAGAAUACGAGGUUGUCCAUGUCAAUUUGUUCAAAGGAGAGAACACAACUCCGCAGUAUCUCCAGUUGCAGCCUUUUGGGGUUCUUCCAGUCAUCCAAGAUGGAGACUACACAUUAUAUGAAUCCAGGGCUAUCAUAAGGUACUAUGCAGAGAAGUACAAGACACAAGGAACUGAACUAUUGGGAAGGACUGUGGAGGAGAGGGGCCUAGUGGAGCAAUGGCUGGAAGUCGAAGCGCACAAUUUCCAUCCACCGCUCGAUGACUUAGUAAUUCAUGUCUUGUUUGAUGGGAAAAAAGGUGUAACCCCCGACGAAAAACGCAUCAAAGAAGACGAGGAGAAACUUGCACGUGUGUUGGACGUGUACGAGCAAAGGCUCUCCACGAGCAAAUACUUGGCCGGAGACUCGUUUAGCCUAGCCGACCUCAGCCACCUUCCGUUCGGUCACUACCUGGUGACUAGUUUGGGGAAGGAGUACAUGAUAAGGGAGCGGAAGCAUGUGAGCAGAUGGUGGGAUGAUAUAAGUAAUAGGCCAUCUUGGAAGAAGGUGCUUCACCUCUAUCCGCCUCCGGUUUAAAUCUAUCUGUCCAUGCUGUGUUUCUCAUAACUAAUUCGGAAUAAGUGUUUCUGUUCGAUCGUGUGCUUGUGAUUCGGCUUUUGCUUCAUUAAUUUCUUGACGAAUAAAUGUUGUUUUUUCUGCUUAAUUUACCAAUGUUGUGAAGGAAUUGAACAAUUCAAUAUCAGCGUUUUGUCAGAUGAAGAAAUCCAUAUUGUAUCC